UAACUUUUUAAGUCGUGGCAGUUUGAGCUGCGUUGGGCGAGAAUGAAGCGCGUGCUGUUAAGCUGCGCCUUUGAUGCUCCUAAAGUGUUACGAAGCAGUUCACGGCUGGACGUGUCCCCGUUCAAACGGGCUUUUCAUCGGUGUGCCCCGUCUCUCCAGGGAGACGGCGUCUGCAACGGGACUCAUAGCAAAAAGGCGCUGCUGUCAGACCCUCAGCUGUUCGACUCGCAGUUUGCUGAGCUGCUGACGGAGCUAACGGAGAGGGACUUCACUGAUCCUGGUCUGACUGACGCCUUCCACAGGCUGAGAGAGGUAAUGGUGUAUAAUGUCCCCGGAGGGAAGAGGAACCGAGGGUUGUCUGUGAUUGGCUCACUCCGGGAGCUCCUUCCACCAUCCCAGCUCACCCAGGACACUGUGCAGCGAGCUCUGGUGGUCGGCUGGUGCAUCGAGAUGCUUCAGGCUUUCUUACUCAUGGCUGAUGACAUCAUGGAUGCGUCUGUGACUCGGAGAGGACAGCCCUGCUGGUACAAGAAGGACGGCAUAGGCUUGGAUGCUGUCAACGACUCACUUCUUGUGGAAGGGUCCAUCUACAGACUGCUUCGCAUACACUGCAGGGAUCAGCCCUAUUACGUCCAUUUACUGGAGCUGUUUAAUGAGACGACGUUCCAGACGGAGCUCGGUCAGGUGUUGGACCUGAUCACGGCUCCACCAGGCCAGGUAGACCUCAACAGAUUCACCAUGGAAAGGUAUAAAACAAUUGUAAAAUACAAAACUGCCUUCUACUCUUUCUACCUCCCAGUGGCUUCUGCGAUGUACAUGGCAGGAAUUAACAGUGAAGAGGAACACAAAAAUGCCAAACACAUUUUACUUGAGAUGGGAGAGUUCUACCAAAUACAGGACGACUACUUGGAUUGCUUCGGUGACCCUGCUGUGACGGGAAAGAUUGGCACAGACAUCCAGGACAAUAAAUGCAGCUGGAUGGUGGUGAAAGCUCUGGAAGUUAUGACUCCUGAACAGAAAUCAGUUCUGGAGGCUUGUUACGGUCUCAGUGAUGAAGCCAGUGUGGCGAAGGUCAAAGAACUCUACCACUCCCUGCAAAUGCCAACACUGUAUCAGAAAUAUGAAGAGGAGAGCUACCAGCGGCUGCAGAAACUUAUCGUUCAGCACUCUCAGAAUCUUCCCAGCUCAGUCUUUCUUAUCUUUGCCAAGAAAAUCUACAAAAGGGACAAAUAAGGACUGGUCUUUGCUGUGGAAACGAUGAGGAGUUUGAACUCGAAUGCAGAAAUCGAUUCCUCUAACUUUUUAUAAAAGUGUUCGUGUUUCUAGAGCACGAGCUAAAUUGAAUUGUCAUUUAGGCAGAUUUUCAUUGAGGUGUAAAUAUCUGGUUAUGAAUGUCAUCAA